UGAGAGAGACAGUUGGACACUCUAUGCGCGCGCAAUAAACAACAUUACAGUAAUAAACACUGCAUUAAAACCAGUGAUACUAAUCAUAAACAUAAUAACCAAUCGAUUAAUAUUACAAACAAAACAAACAAACAAAUAAACAGUUGAUAUCAUAUAUCACGUGUGUAUUAGUGUGUGGAUCAGCUACUGGUGAUCAUCACCGACAACAUCGAUAAAAAAAAUGUUUUUUCAUAUGAGUCUCGAACAUGAAAUCCAAUUACAUCCGCGAUAUUUCGGUUCGCAACUACUGGACACUGUCCGCCAGAAACUGUUCAACGAAGUUGAGGGCACCUGUACGGGAAAACACGGUUUUGUCAUUGCCGUGACCACUAUCGACAACAUCGGUGCCGGCCUAAUACAAUCGGGUACCGGAUUUGUUACCUAUCCGAUCAAAUACAAAGCUAUUGUCUUCAGGCCGUUCAAAGGCGAAGUCCUCGACGGUGUGGUCACACAGGUUAACAAAGUGGGGAUAUUUACCGAAAUCGGUCCGCUUUCGUGUUUCAUUAGCCGACACUCGAUUCCGGCCGAUAUGACCUUCGAUGCCAAUUCAACGCCUCCGUGCUAUAAGACACAGGAUGAAGAUGUUGUGAUACAACAGGACGACGAGAUUCGUCUUAAGAUUGUCGGCACCCGUAUCGACGCAACCGAUAUCUUUGCCAUCGGAACACUGAUGGACGACUUUCUUGGACUCAAUUGAUCCACAUUGUUGUUGCUGUCUAUCAUAUAUAUGUGUGUCUGUUUUUUUGAUUAA